AUUAAAAAAUUGAUGCUUUAUUAAAUUGAGAAGUAAAUUGAAAUCUUUUGAUACAUGAAGUGGGGAUUAAUGUAUGUUGGGUUGCCUAAGUGAAGAACAUAAUACACAUUACCAAAGCACUUUCCCCAUUAUAUCACUUUAUCUGAUUACAUUCACCUUGAUAAAUAUUCAACAUGGCCGCUACGGUGACGUUUCUGUUUACAUAAUUUUAUUGUAUUCGUACAGUUACGAUGUAACGAGAAUUCGUCAGUUUUCAGGUGGGAACGCGGCCAGCGCAGUCCCACUGACACUUAGAUCGUUUUGCUAAAAAUAAAUAUACACAAAUCGGUUGUCGGUGAUAUCAACGUCCGAAUAUAUCCGCGAACCGAUUCCUGAAACGCGCGAUUAAUAUUCGACGGAAUGGAUUCGCCAAGAUAGUGGAUACAAAUGUAAAGAACUAGGACGCUAAUUAAACCACCAAUCUCUACCACCACCAACACCCAGUAAUAACAACCACCACAUCUGCGUACAGAGUGUUUAGUGGCCCCGACGUUCAUCAUACACAUUUUAUUAUGAUGUUGGCCCGAUUGUUAUCGCCAUGGGAACACCAGGCGAUAAGGAUAAUGUGUGUAAGGUAGAAUCAAACGAUGAAAAAGAAAGUUCCGAAGAAAAAAAGGAGAUUGAAAAAGUCACCAUGACAGUUUUAACAAAUCUACCAGAAUAUUCCUUAACGUCGUUUGCUGUAGGUUUGGAGCAGGCUCACGUGGAGGAUUUUUAUCCUCAAAUAAAGUACUACGAAACAAGUAGUGCCGAAUCGAAAGUUGCAGAGCCUUCAAAAACAUUCCCAAAUUUGGACGAACCUGGCCCGUCUGGUUUACAAACACCGAAGACGCGAUCCAGUUCGAAGGUAAAUUUGAAACGAAAAAAGGUGACGUCGAAUCCAAAAAAGUCUUUCUCCUGCCAACACUGCCAGAAGACGUUUCAAAAUCCGGCGAGUCUUGCGAAACAUCAACAGAUUCACGGUGGUUCGUCGCCGUUUAAAUGCGAACAUUGCAAGAAAAGUUUUUCGUCGCGAUUCAAAUUAGUACGGCACGUUCUUAUUCAUUCCGAUCGAAAGCAGUUUAGUUGUACGGUUUGUGAACGAACGUUUCAUCGAAAAGAUCAUUUAAAAAACCAUAUCAAAGUGCACAGUCCUAGUAAAAAAAUUUACGUUUGCGAUAAAACCGGUUGUAAAAAAGAAUACACAUCUUUGUUGAAUUAUAAAAAACAUUUAGCGUUGCACGGAGCUGAAGAAGGAAAUUUGAAUUGUUUAAUUUGUUCGCAAAAGUUCGAAACGAAAGAUGAAAUUUUGUAUCAUUUAAAAAUACACGCAGGAUCACGAACCGUGAAAAGUCCGAACGAAAAAAAAUUUACUUGCGAGUAUUGCGACCGACGAUUUUUUACGCGAAAAGAUGUCCGUAGACAUCUUGUAGUUCAUACUGGAAUGAGGGAUUUUUUGUGCCAAUUUUGUCCGCAACGUUUCGGUAGAAAAGACCAUCUCGUUCGUCACAUUAAAAAAUCUCACUCGAGAAAUUGUCCGGUUGAAAAUACAGAAGACUCUGCGAAUCGAGACAUUGUUAUAAAAUUCGAAAUUGAUGAGCCCAAAUCCCCCGAAGACGAGGUACUUCAUACAUUUCUUGGAGCCGAUUCUGAUCCGGUUUCAUUUUUACCACAACAAUCCGUUGAAGAAGUUUUAGGGGAUUUGAACAUCGCCGGAACCGCUGAACCUUCUUUUAUGGUAGAAGAUAGUGUUAUUGGGAUACCGGAUAUAUUAUCUUUACCUAACGAAGAAUCCAGGGAAAAUAUGCCUUUACCAGCGUUUAGUAAGACAUUUCAAUCACCUCCACAACAAUGACAAUUUUUUAUCUUAUUAUUUAUUAUUAAAUCGUGGGGAGGUAAAUAAUACGAAAAAUUUUGUUUUACAUUUUUUCUUAUUUUCGGCAUUUUUAUAUCGUUACAUUAUCUAAAAAUUGCAUUUAAAAAAAUUGUUUUUUCGUUACUUUUUUAUCUAAAAGAACCGGUUCAUAUUCCAAAGUAGAAUUUGUUUAAAAAUAAUCUCGUUUGUUGAUUAUUAAUAUACAGUGUA